AUGCUUUGCGUUGACGAUCAUGUAAUUUUUCCCUACCAUGAUGGCGAAUGGCAUCAAGCAAUAAUCGUCGAUGAAUUACGAGAGGAUGAUGCAUAUGUAGUGAAAUUUCGUGAUUCGGAGGUCGAAUGGCAGGUAUCUCCUCGACAACAUGUUCAAUUAGAUGGACAAUGGGAAGUGUAUAUAACUGAAUUAAUUCAGAUGUACAAAACAGAAAUGGAACAGCAAAUGAAGGCACGGAUCCGAAGUACCCUUUCUCCCUCUGUAGUCUCAGACGCUGCAGCGAUUCAAGAUAUCGCUCCAAUACAAUCAUUCACUGUUCAGGAAGGUGAUGUAGUAGCUGCUCAGUUUCCCCAUAGCGGUCAUCCUCUAUACACUUUCGCGAUAGAUCCAUCUACCGCUGAAAUUGCAAUCCCUCAACCUCUACCAGUAGUUACGCGAGAACACGAACGCCAGACACUUGAACUUAUAUGUAUCCAAGCCCUCGGUAAAUUAUAUACCGAAAAGAUCAAACGUCUGGAAGCUGGAAAAUCGGCUCUGGAACAACAAGUAAAACUACGACAGCUUCAAAUGGAAACAAAUCAAUGGUUAUUUAGUCAUCUAUUACCUGUUCCUAAGACGCAAAAAGUAAAAGAUAUGAAACCCAAGAAACCAAAAUCGAAAAAGACAACGGCGCAAAUAUCUCGUGCUCAAAAAACGAAACGUGCUACUAGUCAUCAUCCUCUCUCUGAAAAUCAUCCAGCUCUCCAUCCAGUAGCAUUGUUAAACUCUUUCAAAAGCAUUCAACCGAAACAUCAGGUAGAUGGACGAUAAAAGGAAAUUUCCUCUAUACUUCCAUUGUUAUUAGCAUUGUUAGCCAUCUUAUUAUCGUUAUCGUUAAUAUUUUUACUAAAAUCGCCACUAUUUAUGGAAAAAGACUUCCUUCCCACUAUAUCAUAUCCGUUGACAAAAGAUGUUGAACCGCCUAAGCCGAUUAAAAUAUCUUCCUUAUUUGGAAAAUUAUUCUCAACACAGCAACGAAUAAGUUUCGCUCUGCCUUCUCUAUUUGUGCAUAGGAAAUGGAAGUACAAAGAGUUUCUCCACUUCAUACAUUCAUGAUGAGUGUAAAUCUCCAAACUAAAUAAAUCCGUGCCGAUAUAUUUUAACCAGUUGGUCAACUAUCGGAUCGACAAGUCGAACUCCUUUUUCUAGCAUUCAUUCUUCUCGCAUCACUUCAACAAUGUAAAGCGGAGAACUUCCCGAUCACAAAUACUUCGUGUGGUACUCCUCUUUUAUUAUUUGCUUUUCUUUGUCUCUCAAUGAUUCAGAAACGUCUUUCCAAACGUCUCUGACAAAAUCUAUUCUAACUGAUCACUCCACAUCAAGCUAUAUAUGUGGCAUGUUUCCUAUUGAAUUUCAUGGAUACUGUGAGGUAUUCCUUCGAAACUUAUCUCCGACAACACUUACGAUAUGAAUAUGUAAAUAUUGACAUAAAUUCCUUUGUUCCUAGUCUCUGUUUGUCCAAUUAUGUAUAUAUGUAGUUUUACAUAUGCCUAACCUAUUUCAAACUCCUACAAUUUCCUUUAUUUAACUGGAAUAUUUUGGACCUCCACUCAAUUAUUCUUCACAUUUCGUCUAAGAUACUCUUUAUUUAACUGGGAUAUUCUUCAACUUGGUAGUUAUCCGAUUAUCAUGACGCGUCAGCAGUUCUUUUCCAUUUUGUUUUUUUUGUUUUUUCUGUCAUUUGUUUUGAUAUCUUUUGUUGGAUUUUGUUUUCUAUUCGUGCGGAGCACUCAUUUUGGCAGUGAGGGGAGAUGUAAAGAAUAAUGAUCUCGCCUUCAACCGACUCUCAUAUUCACAUACACUCUAUCACUAUUCAUGUUUCCGUCCGUCACUUUCUUCCUCUUCUCCUUGUUCAGUAUAUACGUUCACUCUUUCCAUCCACGGUACUUCACUCUCUCUGUGUAUAUGUUCAAUAUCACUCUCUCAUUGUUCAUCCUAUCUCUCUCCAUUCAUAUUUCACCUCUCUCCUUUUGUGUGUACGUUCAAUCACUCUCUCUUUGUUACUUGUACUAUUUAUACUCAUUGUACAGCGCAUCGUUUCCUUUACAGCAUUCAAAUGCAAAAAAUUCUUUAACGCACUCGAAUGCAUUAAAAGUUUCUUCGUUCGUUCAAUACGCAAGGUGCAGGCAAUUCAAACUUUCAGUAAAUUUUUUUUUCGUGUUUUCUUUACAUCAAUGGAUAGAGAUUGAGCUGCUGAUCACGAAAAACUACUUUUUAGCUUUAGCAAAUGCUUCCUUCUAGUCGAAAAAUACGAAAUACUCGAAAGAUGUCGUUUUCGAGAAAAACACGUUCUUUCUCGAAAUGUGCAAAAUUUUCUACUUCAUUCUUCUUUUUUGCUUCUGAACAUAAUUUUUCCAGAUUCGGCAUAAAAAACUAAAUAUAAGAAAGUUCUUAAAUCGACUCUGGACCCCAAACCCUACUGAUGGUGACGUUUCGAAUCGCGUCGAGUGCACCACAUAUUGGUCGAUUUUGUAAACCUAUCUAGUUUUUCCACGUAAGUGAUAAAGGCAGACGUUUUAUCUCAUUCGACUCAUCAUACCACCAGUUACAAAGUUACGUAUCCUUUUUUUCUUCUUUUCUUUGCUGUGUUGAGAAAAAUCGUUUUUACUGGUAUCAUAUUCAUUUCAGGCGGUACUCAAGGCUUUUCGAAUUCAAAUAAGACUUCUAGUCAUAAACUAAAUACAGAUUCGUUAUCAGCACAAAGAACUGAGUGGAAUGAAGUGUAUUUCCAGUCAAUUUGACAACUUUCAUUUUUUGACCUGCAUACAACAAUUGCAGCUCAACGACGAUACCUGAAAAAAUGAGCAAAAAUGAAAGUGGGCAAAUUGACUGGAAAUGCACU